ACGACAUAUUCUUCAGAGAAAGGGACGAGCUAGACCUUUCAGAGCCACCGACGACUUACCCUUACAAGCAAAAGCACCAAGUGGAAUAGAUUAUGGAACCAGUCAAGAGAGCUAAAGAAAGAUUCGCAAAAUAUCCGAUCGUUUUCUCAAAGUGCUCGAAACAAGCUUCGCUGUACGCUCGAUGUGUUCUACUCAAAGAAGAUUCCGUUAAGAAAGACGAUUGCGCAAAAGAAUUCAAAGAAUUCCAAACUUGUUUGACAUCGGCAGCCAAAGAUUUAAAGACUAGGAUAUAA